GGUGGAGCGCACUUUUUGUGCUUGAGCUUGAGCUACGGUGGAGAGACUCUGUGUACGGAGUGCGGAAAAUAAUUUUCCGGAGAGAGGAGACCCGACGAGACCUGAAGAUCCGCCAUGCCUGGACGCCCACUUUGGCAGGUUGCUGGCAAGCGCGAAGCAAGCCAGGAAGCUGAAGCUCAACAAUGGAUGGAGACUGUAAUCGGUCGAAGAUUUCCACCAGGCGUGAGUUACGAAGAUGCUUUGAGGGAUGGUGUUCUGCUCUGCAUGCUCAUGAAUAAAUUGCAGCCCGGCCUGAUCUCAAAGGUCAAUACUUCCGGUGGAGAUUACAAGAUGAUGGAUAAUCUUAAUCAGUUCCAGAAAGCCUGCGUAAAAUACGGAGUACCCGACGUUGAUCUCUUCCAAGCUGUCGACCUGAUUGAACGUAAAAAUAUCGCUCAAGUGACAAACACCAUCUUCGCUAUUGGACGGACGACGUAUAAGCACCCGGAAUGGCGCGGACCCUGGCUAGGUCCGAAACCGGCGGAGGAGAAUAAAAGGGCUUUUACGGAGGAGCAGCUAAGGGCUGGCGAGGGACUCAUUGGCCUGCAAGCUGGUACCAAUAAAGGCGCUACACAAGCCGGGCAAAGCUUCGGAGCUACGAGAAAGAUACUUCUUGGGAAAUAAUUUAAUAAAGUUUACACUUUUUUAUCGCCGUUAGAAAUAUUCUGUUUGCGUAACGUGACCUUUUGAAUAGAUAUACGUAUUCGUAACGUAAAGUUAUUAGAAACAUUUAAUUAAAUGUUCAACGCUUUCGUAAAAAAGAACAAAGAAAAUUGUAUAAUUCUUUGUAAUUAGAAGAGCCGUCAGUAUAUCUGUUGAAAUUACGCGAAUGAAUAAUCGACGCAUAAAUCUGUUUAAUGUUAGACGUGUUUUUUGUUAUUUUGUGUUUAUUUUUUAUUUUUAUUUAGCGCGUUCACUUCUAACGUGAGUGUAUCUGACGAAAUGUAUUUUAUGAAAUAAUCAAUAUAUAUAAUAUAUA